AUGCGACCGCUAAGAUCGGAACACAAGGAGGACGCAGACUGGCUCCAGGACCUGCCAUCCAGCGUGCCUUCACUUCGCGCUACCAACGAACUCUGUAUCGAAGCUCGCAAGAAGAAGGACUGGCAUGAGUUCAUGCUUGGCGGACUAUAUGACAGGAUCUUAUGACCUCGGCUUGAUCAUCAUCGGCAUCGGUAUCAAUCGGCAUCCUUCCCCGCGCUUCUUCUAUAGACAUCCUCGUUAUUUUGAUGGUUCAUCAAUCUUCAAAUGUACGACUUCUUCCAUCGAUCAGAAUGUGCUCUGAUGGAUAUGAGCGCAAAGAGCUGGUCCUCAAGAAGGGUAUUUCGACACGCGUUGGUAGCUCGGUUGGAUUUGGGCGUUUGGCGCAUCAAGGCAUUCUAGGCAUGGUUUAUUAUCAGUGGGGUAUUAGGGAAUUAGGGAGUGCGGUCGGCGCGCGCGCGAGUCUUUUCCGUAGCUUUUCUUCUCUUUUCCGCCCACUGGUAACUCACUGUUUCGGACUUUACGACCGUGCACCGUAUCGACACAAUCUCAUCGUUUGGCCGACCAACGAAAGUUACCAGAACUGUGCGGAAAUCUAACAGAAUUGGCCUUGCCGAAUCUGCGAUCUCGACUGACCGGUGUCUUGCUCUAGCUAUUGGAACUCCGUACACGGUGAGAUGUUCGCAUAGUUUAUGUGCUCUGUGGAAGGGAAUGCUUGUGAUGCGAAGAGUAUUACUCGUAAUCCGUAUCUUCAAAGCGUGCUUUCCUAUUGCUCUCAACACGGCUGUCCGAGCCUUGAACAGGCUUUGAAGUGA